CCCUCAGACAGACACAGCCAGACGUCCUGCUCCUGGUUCCAGCUCUGACCUGAGCCCUUGAGCUGUUGGCAGUGAGGUUGGAAGCUCUGAGAGAGUAUCAGUGACAUGGCUGAUCAACUGCCCAGCGAGCAGGUGGCUGAGUUCAAGGAGGCCUUCACCCGGUUUGACAAGGACGGAGAUGGCAAAAUCAAUGUCCAGGAGCUGGGUGCCGUGAUGCAGAUGCUGGGCAAGAAGCUGUCAGAGGAAGAGCUAAAGGCCAUCAUUGCCCAGGUAGACACGGAUGGCGAUGGCACCAUCAGCUUCCAAGAGUUUCUGGCAGAGAUGGCCAGGAGGAUGAAGCCUGGUGGCAGUGAGCUGGAGCUGCGGGAGGUCUUCCAAGCCUUUGACCUGAACGGUGAUGGCCACAUCAGCGUGGAUGAGCUCAAGCAGGCCAUGGUCAAGAUGGGGCAGCAGAUCUCCCAGGAAGAGCUGGAUUUGAUGAUCCAACAGGCUGAUGUGGACAAGGAUGGGCAGGUGAACUAUGAGGAGUUCGUGCAAAUCCUCUCCCAGAAGUGAGACCCGGCCUGGGCCUCAUCUGCGGACUCUGAUCUUUGUGUCUAUUGGGCCCUUGCUGCUGUGGUGGCCCCUGCUGGGUUGUGGGUGGGAAAUUAACUCCCCCUGGGAAAACCUUUGUUCUCUGGGGCCUGGGGUCUGCACUGUUGGGGGCCAUGUGAAGGCCCUCCAACUGGCAAGACCCCAGCUUGCCCUGCCUCUUACCCCAAAGUAAAAUGAAAUGGAAGGUGCCUCACAGAUUGUUGUGAGGAACCCCAAAGCUAUGUGGUGGCCACAAUAAAGGAAUGUGAACUCUAAGGGUA